AUGAAAAGUGGUUACGAUGAACGUCCAUUGGGACUAGACAGUGGUCAGUUUUAUGUCAUACAUGUGACCGCUCUGAUAGCAAUAAGUGCUAGUUUCAUAUGCGCAAUAAUUGUCAUUGUACUUUCCCUAAAACAACAUAAAUAUAAAAACUUCUUCGAUAGAACCAAAAGUGAGCGCCUCAUCGUGUAUACUGCAACGUGCGAUGCUACAUUCAACGUUAUUCAUUCUGCUGAACACAUCCAGAUGAUAGUUACCACAAAUUUUGUUUAUCCAAUAGAACUCUGUCGACUACACGGGUUUAUGACGCUACAACUUGGAUUUGCGCAAGUCAUUCUCGUUCUAUUUGUAGCCGUUAACAUAUUUUGCAUGAUGUUUUUACGGAAGAAUAUUUCUUUUGGCAAAUAUGACUGGAAGUUGUUUCUCACUGUUAUUCUGUGUCCGUUUCUCGUCGGCGUUGGUUCUCUGAUUGCAGGCGCUAUUGGCCCAAAUGGAGCUUACUGUUUACUCGAUAGUGUGACUGCAAGAAAGGUUAACUUCUACAUAACUACGUUGCCGAUUUGCCUCGUUUUGGGUAACAAUGCUAUUUUGUACGGAUUGACAUUGUACAAAAUUAGAAGCGAGACAAAUCGCCUUGCUAAAUCACUAGGUGGAUUCACAGGGUCUGUUACACGGACUCACGUAGCAGCUAAGAAAAUGUUCCUUUUUAUGAUAUCGUUCUGUGUACAGUGGUGGGCAAUAGCAGUGUACGGUGUGUGGCUGAUGUUUGCCAAAGGUCCCAUUUCGCUCUAUAUCAUUAGUACUUUCUUCGGAAACGCCGGAGGAGUUUGGAAUGCUGUUGUGUAUAUCAUGAUUCGCAGAAAGCGUAGAAAAAUUCUUGCGAUUUUUAUGUACACUAAUUAUUGA